AUGGCAAACGCAACAUUGGUUGGAACAGAGGUGUUCCUCCUGUUCUUGGACGGAUCCAAAUAUGGUCUAGAGUUCACUCAGGAAAUAAUCAACGCGCUAUCACGCGGUGAUGAUUCGCCGACGGUCGAGUUAUUGAAGAAGUACAUAUUUGAGAACUGGGAAAGUAUUUCAGCUGAAAAGAAGGGAAGUGUCGAUGGUGUUGAAACCGUUGAGCUACUUGAUCUAAACCAGAUACAGCUGCUACAUCUCGGAAUGCGACUUGACAAUUCGUGUGAACUGACUAGUUUGAACCUCGAAUUAUCGCCGGUCUUGCAUGUGGUGAUCAAGCCACACGAUUUGUAUCUGAGCUCUAUGGAGAAGGGAAAGAAAUUCGACCUAAAGGCUGUUAUUGGAGGUGGCAGGCGCAAAUCAGUUUCGAACGCAGGCACCAAUCCAAACCCAAACGUUGCUGGUGGAGGUGCGAGACGUGGAAGUAGCAUUGUGGCCGGAAUGACUACAAACUCUGGAUCAAAUACGGCGCAGAUUGGUCAGAGUGGUGCUCGGACUAGUACCGAAAACCCAGAUCUGCUGAUUAGGCCGAAUAAUGAAUCGCAGAGUCGUUUUCAGGAGCAAGAAACAAACCAGAGAUCUCGGUCUCCAGCCAAGGUUUCACAUUCAAGGCCCACCAGCAGCAGCAUUAGUGCAGCAGAUGAAGCCCAAGGAGAAGAACAAAGGAGUUCCCAUGGGCAGAAUUCUAGGCAGGUGGGGCAAGAAGAUCGCGCAAAGUCUGGUUGUUGUUUGAUUGUUUGA